AUGCCGCUCGACGAGCGCGAGGGCGAGGCACGAGAGCUCACGUUUUUACCGACAAAGAAGGGCACGAGCGGUCGCGCGGGUGAGCGAGCGGUGAGGGAGCGCGAGCGUCGGCGUGAGGCUGAAGAACGAGCGAAAUCGACGACCAAACUGAGUUCGUCCCAGAGACGAAAGAUGAAAAAACUCGCCGAGGAGGAGCGUAAGCGCGAUGAACGGGCGAGCGUGAUGGCGACGCUGGAGGCAAAUAAGGUGGACGAACGUGCGUUGGGGUUGAUGCGAGCGACGACGUCGUUGGGGACGAAAGAGACGGCGAAGGAGAAGAUGAGAAGAGCGCUCAAGGCGGAACGCGCGGGCGUCGAGUUGGAGGAUUUACGAGACGCUCGAUUGACGAAGAGACCGAAGGUGGAGGCGGAGAGUGAGAGCGAGGAGGAGAGUGAUGAUAACCUGGAGAGCGAGAGCGAGCGACAGAUGGAACGGGUCGGGGAGCGGCGUGGUGCGCGCAUGGUCGACAAGGAUGCGAGCGACGAUUCAGAGGCAGAGGACGACGCAUUGACGCAAGCUGCAGUACGAACGGCGGUGGCAGCGGGCAUGGCGUCACUGGACGACGCGACUCGGGAGUUAGUUAAAACUCUACGCGCGAGGACGGGGAUGUCGGACGAGGGAGACGCGCCCAAAUCCAACGCAUACAGAGGAGCGCAUCACGAAGUUUUCCAAGGAUGUUCAUUUGUGGUCCCGGUGAACAGGACGGAUAAGAUCAAUAGCACGCGCGAGGGACUGCCGAUCGUGCAAGAGGAGCAUGAAAUCGUGGAUGCUAUCAACACGAACCCCGUCACGGUGAUCUGCGGCGCCACCGGCUGUGGUAAGACGACCCAGGUGCCUCAAUUUUUGUACGAGGCAGGGUACGGCGAUCCCGAGUGUGCGAGUCAUCCGGGAGCUGUGGCGGUGACUCAACCUCGACGGGUGGCAGUCACGUCCACAGCCCGUCGUGUUGCGGAGGAACUGAACGUACCACUAGGCGGAGAUGUCGGUUAUCAGGUCCGUUAUGACAAAAACGUGGGCGAAAACCCGAGAAUAAAGUUUAUGACGGACGGUAUCCUCUUGCGAGAGGUACAGCUUGAUUUCCUGUUGCGAAAGUACUCCGUCGUGAUUAUCGACGAGGCACACGAGCGGAGCGUAAACACCGACAUCUUGCUCGGACUGCUUUCAAGAAUCGUUCCGCUUCGCGCGGCACUGGCGGCCGAGGGUAAGGCCGUGACGCCGCUACGUUUGGUUGUCAUGUCGGCGACUCUUCGAGUCGAGGAGUUUGUGGGGAACAAAAAGUUAUGUCCAACGCCACCGGCAUUGCUCCAGGUCGCCACUCGUCAGUUUCCCGUCACUGUGCACUUCUCACGUCGAACGGAGACUGCUGACUACGUCGGUACGGCGGUGAAGAAGGUCCUCGCAAUUCAUCGUAAACUUCCUCCCGGUGGCAUUCUUGUCUUUUUAACGGGUCAACGAGAAGUCGAGCUCAUGUGCCGCAAGCUCCGAGAGGCUUAUCCUCUUGACGGAAAGCCCAAGAUCGUUGAAGACGAGGAAACAAGUGAGAAGGAUGACGAGAAGGAUGACGACAUGGUGGACGCAUACGACGUCGACGCGAUCGAUGCAGGUGGAGAGGACGUGAGCGGAGAGGACGAGGUCGAUUUCGAAGGCGAUGACGACUUUUCAGAUGUCGACAGUGACAUCAGCGAGGAGGACGAAGUGCUGAUCAUGGGAGGCGAAGGCGUCGGGGAAGAGGAAGCGGCCGAAGCUGAAGCGGCGUGGACCCGUGCGAAUGCGCCUUCUGCGGCACUACGUGCGGCCGGUGGUGGUGGAGAAGUGGAUGGGCCGGGUGGUCUGAACGUCCUCCCGCUCUACGCACUUCUUCCAGCUCACCUGCAGCAGCGCGUAUUCGCGCCUACUCCGGACGGGUCGAGAAUGGUCAUCGUCGCUACGAACGUUGCGGAAACAUCGCUCACUAUUCCUGGAAUCAGAUACGUCGUGGACGCCGGUAGAGCCAAGGAGCGGGUCUAUGAACGUGACGCCAGUUUGUCUCGCUUUAGAGUAGGGUGGGUGAGCAAGGCGAGUGCAGACCAACGCGCUGGCCGGGCUGGACGUACGAGUCCGGGGCACUGCUACCGACUUUUCAGUAGUGCCCACUUUGUGGAUGAAAUGAAAGCUCAUGCGGAUCCGCAGAUCCUCGGAGUCCCCAUCGAGGGAGUUGUGCUACAAAUGCGCGCAAUGGGCAUCGACAAGGUGGUGAACUUCCCCUUCAUCUCGCCGCCGGAGAAAGCUGCGCUGGCGGCGGCGGAGAGAACUUUGACAAUACUUGGAGCCGUUGAUAAAAGGCGGGGAAUGGAGGAGAUCGGUCCCUUGACGGACCUGGGGCGCGCCAUGGCGGUGCUGCCGAUCAGCCCACGACACUCUCGAAUGUUGUUCGCUGCUGCGCAGAGCGGAGUGAGUGGAUGUUUGUCGCCAGCGAUCGCAAUUGCGGCGGCGUUGAGCUUGGACAGUCCGUUUCUACGACAGUCAUCCGAAGAAACCGCGGGUGAGGAUGGCGUGAACGCGAACAAAGGCCCGCCUCCGCACGUCAAGUUUCAUCAUCCGGCGAGCGAUGCCCUGUCCGCGGCUCAAGCUCUUUUAGCGUACGACUCGUGCAACGGACCGAAAGCGACAGAAUCAUUCUGCUCUACAAACAGGCUUCAUGAAAAAACUAUGCGUGAGAUGAGUGAUCUGAGGCGGCAACUUAAGCGAUUGAUCGUCAACCUCGCGAGGGAUGUGUCCACGAAGCUCUCGACUGGCGAUACCAGGUCAAUGUUCACGGAAGGUGUCCUUCAAGAGUUAGAGUUCGACGCAGCGGCUCCGAAAAUGCUCCCUCCCGGAGGUGAUGUUGAGAGAGCUCUAAGACAAGCCCUCUGUGCCGGUUGGGCGGACAGAAUCGCGCGUCGGUCGAAACACAAGGAGAUGGAGCAAGCGUCUCGUUCAAAUGAAAACGUUACAAAGGCGACACGUUAUGUUCCGGCGCUCCUCGACGCAGCAGUCUUUCUGCAUCCGACUUCUUCGCUCCACCGCUCUUCGCCGGACUAUGUCGUCUACACAGAUUUACUUCAAACUGAUAAGCGGGCUUACAUCGUCGGCGCUACUAGCAUCGAGCCAGAGUGGUUGAUAAAACACUGCUCUGCUCUCGUGGACGAAGGCGUGCUGUUGAGCGAUCCGGCGCCGAGGUACAACUCUCGGGAGGAUCGUGUCAUCGGUUGGACCGCUCCGAGAUUUGGUCCGCAUCGUUGGGAUCUGCCACUGAAUCCGGUCGACGUUCCUUCGAUCGACACGAGAUGUGCUGUGUUUGCCACCGCUUUGCUUUCCGGGACGGUUUCUGAACCGAUGGGGGAGCUGCGUGACAAGCUCGCCGCUAAGCCCCUUUUGGCGUCUAGACCUGAAGGCAAAACCCAGGCUCGGGUCAUCGACUUACUCGGAGCGUUGAAACGCGGAGGAAUAUGCACGAGAGCGGGACUUCAGCAGGUCUGGGCUAAGAACCCAAAGUUUCUUUACCCUGAGCUGAAGGCCUGGCUGCGCCAAGGCAAGGCAUACGCUCUCGAAUCUAUUUGGAGCAAACUCGUGCGCUACGUCGUGGAAUACGACCCUGCGACCGCUGCAAACAAGAAAAAGAAGAGGCAUUCGAAAUGA